AUGCCUAUUCCUACUCCUCAUGGUGGUAAAUUAAGAGAUUUGGUCAUCCGUGAUGCUCCACUCAAACAACAAUUAUUGCAAGAAGCUAAAACUUUACCUGCUUUGACUUUAACUGCUAGACAAUUAUGUGAUUUAGAAUUAAUUUUAAACGGAGGGUUUUCUCCAUUAACUGGAUUCUUAAAUCAAGAAGAUUAUAAUAGUGUUGUUAACGAUUUAAGAUUAAGUAGUGUUAAGAAUGAAUCAAAUGGUAAAGGUUUAUUAUGGCCAAUCCCAAUCACCUUAGAUGUUGAUGAGACCACUUCUAAAAAGCAUUCUGUUGGUGAUAGAAUUGUAUUAAUAGAUUUGAGAGAUGAAACUCCAUUGGCCAUUUUAACUAUUGAAUCUAUUUAUAAACCUGAUAAAAAAUUAGAAGCAGAAAAAGUGUUCCGUGGUGAUUCAGAACAUCCUGCUAAUAAAUAUUUAUUAGAAACCGCUGGCGAUUAUUAUAUCGGUGGUGAAUUACAAGGGAUCAAUUAUCCUAAACAUUAUGAUUAUGUUGAUGCUAGAAAAACACCAACUGAAUUGAGACAAGAAUUUGAAAAAUUGGGUUGGGCGCAAGAAAAUAUUGUUGCCUUUCAAACCAGAAAUCCUAUGCAUAGAGCUCAUCGUGAAUUAACCAUUAGAGCUGCUCAAGAUAUUGGUGAUAAAGCUCAUAUUUUGAUUCAUCCAGUCGUUGGUUUGACCAAACCAGGUGAUAUCGAUCAUCAUACUCGUGUGAAGGUAUAUAAACAAAUCUUGACAAAAUUCCCUGAUGGUUUAGCUACAUUAUCUUUAUUACCAUUAGCUAUGAGAAUGGGUGGUGAUAGAGAAGCUUUAUGGCAUGCUUUAAUUAGAACCAAUUAUGGGGUUGAUCAUUUCAUCGUUGGUAGAGAUCAUGCUGGUCCAGGGAAAAACUCCCAAGGAGUGGAUUUCUAUGGUCCUUAUGAUGCUCAAGAAUUAUUAGCUAAAUAUGACGAUGAAUUAAACAUCAAGAUUGUUCCAUUUAGAAUGGUCACUUAUUUACCUGAUGAAGAUAGAUAUGCUCCAAUCGAUACCAUUGAUGUGAAAAAAGUUAGAACAGCAAAUAUUUCUGGUACUGAAUUAAGAAAUAAAUUGAAAACUGGUGAUGAAAUUCCAAGUUGGUUUUCUUAUCCUGAAGUUGUCAAGAUUUUAAGAGAAACUAAUCCACCAAGAUCAAAGCAAGGUUUUGCUAUUUUAAUUGAUAACUCUCAUAAAUUGGGUGAUUAUUUAUCAUUUGCCUUACAAUCUACUUUGAAUCAAUUCCUGGGUGAACGUAGAAUCACAAAAUUAAAUGCUCAUCAAGCUAAUGAUUCAUUUAUUGUUGGUGAAUUAGUUAAAGCUGGGUCCGGGGUUAUUGUUCCAACAACAAACCCAACUCCAAUUGUUAAUGUUGUGGGUAAUGGUAAUUCAUUGGUGGUCAACCAAAAGAAUAAUAACAAUCAAGCUUCUGGUAAUGCUGAUGGUGAAUUCAAUUUGUCAAAUGAUGAUUUGGUUGCUGUAGUUGAUGAAAUUGUGAAUUACUUGAAAGAUCAAGGGUUUUAUUAA